GCCGCGCGGGAGGUUAUACGUUUCUAGUGCGUGAAUUCGCGGGAAAUAUUCGAGAAUCGAAUUUAGCCUCUUUCGUCGUCAAACAAAUUACAAUAACUUUUUAAUGAGUGCUCUUAAGUGUUGUGAAACGUGUUACUAGUGGUUUGUGAUGACGCAGGAAGUAAAAUUAAACUGAAAUAUGAGAUAAAUAACUCGGAAAAUGACAGAGGGAAUCGUGACGACGAUUCUCCAGUCAUAUUUUGUGGAAACGUUCAGAAGUAAGAAGAAAUUAUGCGCAAAUCCAGCAAAUUUUAGAAGAAGACGAAAUAUACAUGACAGACAAUAUGAAAUACAAUUCCAAAAUAUGGACGAUGCUCAAACACACCAGGUUAAAAGCCAUCAUGGAAAAGUAAAAAAUGUCAAAGUCUCAACGCUUUUAUCAUUCCUCGUUUUCUAUGUAUGUGUUUUAAAUGUGAUAACGGUGUGUGAAGUUAGUGUUAAUAAAAGUGUAAAUAUUGAACUUAAUAGGCAUAAUGUUAAUUUAAUUGUGGGUAAAUUGCGACGUCCGCGUUUAUCUAAGAGCUUUAAUGCUGAGCUUAAGAAUAUUUCUAUGGACGAUGAAACAACUGAAGCAUACUCUAACCGGUACAAAAAUAAGAGAGAUUAUUCAAACUUCACAAUUGAUCGUGAUUACACAGAUAGAACCAUCUAUGACUCGUCAUGCGCUAUCGGCUUCCCUCACGAUCUAGCGUCUAAACCUUUUUGUGUAAAACACACAAAUUUCAACCUUAGACCGGAGAGGCAUCGGUUUAAUGAUAAAAUUGUGAAAUUGGGUGUUCUAUUACCCGGUGAUUCUGGAGAAGUGUUCUCGUUGGCUAAAGUUUUGCCGAUAGUGGAAUUGGCUAUACCAGCUUUAACAGCUGAUGAUGGCCCAUUACCAGGCUGGAAAAUAUUGGUUGACUAUCGGGACACAAGAUGUUCAUCAGUCGAUGGACCCUUGGCAGCGUUUGAGUUCUACGUGAACGGAUCAGCUGAUGCCUUUAUCGGACCAGGAUGCGAGUAUGUUAUCGCUCCUGUGGCGAGGUACGCUGGUCUGUGGAACAUUCCAGUAAUAACAGCCGGUGCCCAAGCCGAGGCCUUUACUUACAAGGUCCCGACCUUUAUGACCUUGACCAGAAUGAUGGGCAGCUACACCCAAGCGGGCGUCGCAAUUCGAAAAAUUUUUGAGGAGUUUAAAUGGCGGAAGCUGGGCAUGCUAUACCACAACACAAAAUUGUCAGCUGGAAAAGGGAACAGCCCCUGUUUUCUCACUCUCAGCGCAAUAUUCACGGUAUUGGAGAAGAGAGACGACACAAUACCUAUCGUACCGUUCGACGAAACAAACACAACAUCGUCGAAAUUAAAGGAAAUACUACAAAAGCUAUCUUUAAAGACGAGAAUUGUUGUACUCUGUGCCAAUCCCAGUACUGUACGUGAAAUAAUGCUUGCUGCAGAUGACCUCAAUAUGGUGUCUUCAGGAGAAUACGUUUUUUUCAAUAUAGAACUAUUUUCAAACUUAGCCUCGGCCUCGUCAAAAGAGCCGUGGAAGGUUGAAGGUGAUACUGACGAAAGAAAUGAAAGAGCUCGACGGGCCUAUAGUGCUGUUCUUACUGUCACCAGUCCAGUGCCUGAAAAGAAGGAAUAUCUGGAAUUCUCUGAUAAGGUCAAAGACCUAGCUGCUACGAAAUACAAUUAUACGUUUGGCAAAGAAGAGAUUGUGUCUACGUUCGUAGCAGCUUUCUACGAUGCUGUACUCCUCUACGCGUUGGCGUUAAACGACACGCUACGACAAGCUAAUGACCCCAGAGGGCAAUUGGAUGGCGCUGCUGUUAUAAGGAACAUGUGGAAUAGAACUUUUCAAGGCAUCACAGGCGAGGUGAUAAUAAACGAGAACGGAGAUCGCGUGGCCUCAUAUUCUUUGCUGGAUAUGAACCCCAAUACUAGUAAAUUUGAGGUCGUAGCAACAUACAUAGCGGCAAACGCAUCACUAAGGUUUGUGGAAAACCGCCCAAUCCAUUGGGCGGGCGGACGGAAUACGCCACCACCUGAUACACCGAUAUGUGGCUUUGAUGGAUCUCUAUGUCCUGAUACUUCGUUACCAGUCUACGCAAUCCUCAGUAUAGUUCUGAGUUCCGUAGUAGUCAUCUUGGCAAUUCUAUCUGUAUUUAUUUAUAGACAUUACAAGUUGGAAGCUGAAAUAGCUAUGAUGACGUGGCGAGUUGGUUGGAGUGACGUACUCAUUGGUGCGAGUAGAUUUCCUGGCAGUCUACAUUCCCUUGCUCGAAGGUAUAGCUCAGGGACUGCUUACUCAGACGAAGGCACGUCACUGGCUGGUGAUAGACAAAUUUACGCUCCUUGCGCCUUUUACAAAGGUUGUCGGGUUGCAAUUAAAAAGGUUGACAAACAACGCAUAGAUUUGACGCGACCUUUACUCCUGGAGCUUAAGAAAAUGAAGGACCUUGAACAUGACCAUUUAGCGAGGUUUUACGGAGCUUGUGUCGAUCCCCCACAUUGCUGCCUUUUAACUGAGUACUGUCCUAAGGGAUCAUUGCAAGAUAUACUGGAAAAUGAUACAAUCAAGCUGGAUUGGAUGUUCAAAGUUAGCCUGAUGCACGAUAUUGUGAGGGGUAUGCAUUACCUUCAUGGCACGGAUAUCCGCGCACACGGCGCUUUGAAGUCUAGUAACUGUGUGGUGGAUUCCCGGUUCGUUCUGAAGAUUACGGAUUUCGGCCUUAACGCCUUGAGGACUUCUGAGAAGGAUAAAAGAGCCCAUAGCUAUUGGACACGUCUUCUUUGGACUGCCCCUGAGCUGCUUAGAAUGGCGGACCCACCUCCCGAGGGAACGCAAAAAGGGGAUGUGUAUUCGUUCGCUAUCAUUAUGCAUGAAAUAGUCAAUCGCCAGGGAGUUUUCUGGCUUGGACCCGGCAUUGAAAUGUCACCUAAAGAAAUAAUCGAGGCAGUGCGCAGUGCUGGUUUCCGACCCAACACAAACCAAUACAGAUCAUGUGAGGCUGAUGAUGCUACAGAGUUGAUGAGACGAUGCUGGGCUGAAGACCCAGCUGAGAGACCAGACUUUGCUCAUUUGAAACAUGCUAUACGACGACUUAAUAAGUCUCAAGAAAGCAGUAAUAUUCUCGACAACUUGUUAUCUCGGAUGGAACAAUACGCGAACAACUUAGAGACAUUAGUUAGCGAACGAACACAGGAUUAUUUGGAGGAAAAGAAGAAAUGUGAAGAACUAUUGUACCAGUUGUUACCAAAAUCCGUGGCAUCUCAACUUAUCAACGGUCAGUCAGUGGUAGCGGAGACGUUUGAGCAAGUCACCAUAUACUUCUCCGACAUAGUUGGGUUCACGUCUUUGUCUGCUUCUUCAACUCCAAUGCAAGUGGUUGAUCUACUGAACGAUCUAUACACCUGUUUUGACUCUAUAGUUGAGAACUACGACGUGUACAAGGUGGAAACUAUUGGGGAUGCUUACAUGGUAGUAUCGGGUUUACCUGAGCGAAAUGGAACAAGGCAUGCGUGUGAAGUCGCGAGGAUGGCGCUUGCUUUGCUAGACGCUGUGAGGCGCUUUAGAAUUCGGCACCGGCCGCAGGAUCAGCUGAAGCUUAGGAUUGGAUUGCAUUCUGGUCCGUGCGUAGCUGGUGUCGUAGGCCUGAAGAUGCCUCGCUACUGCUUAUUCGGGGACACCGUAAACACAGCUUCUAGAAUGGAGUCAAAUGGUGAAGCGUUAAAGAUACACGUGUCUCCCACAACCAAAGCUUUGUUGGACACAUUUGGCACUUUUAAAUUAGAGUGCAGAGGAGAAGUUGCUAUGAAGGGCAAGGGAGUUCUAGUCACAUACUGGUUAUUGGGCGAAAUCUACGACCCAAAUCAACCGAAUCAUAACCCACCAAAAGACAAACCUUUAGUCAAACUGCAAACGCAAUCAAACAACAGUAGCUCACUGUCCCGCUUAACACCAUUUAAGCAUCGGUUGGAGCACAGUUCCAGGUCAUCAAGCAGACGAGGUUCUGGAAUAUUCCAGCAAAAACCAGAUCUCACCAGAUUGGAAAAGGAAGCUCAACCAUUACUCCAAGUCGUAAAAAUGCAAAGGCAACUCUCAGAUCCAACAGACCCCGUUACAAAUGGUGAUCAUACCGAUGAUGAUAAAUUAAGCGUCACAAAUUCCAUUUCACUCAACGUGAAUUCAUUAAACCAUAACUCGUUGAAUCAGAACAGCCAACCAAAAGUCAAAUUGAAGGAUGCUCCGAUAAAUCCAAUAAAUCAUUUAUCGAAUAAAAUAGGUAAUAAUAAUUGGAUACCGAAAUUGGGGACAGCGAAUUCGUUUGAUAAUGGUACGAGGAAGGGAAAUCAGUCUCUGAAAGAUUAUAGCAGCGUUCCUCUGUUGUCCAAAUCGGAUAAGCUUAAUGAUUCCAUCGUUUGAAAGGGUUUUUUAGUCAUUGAACGAAUAUCGAUUCUAAUUAUGCCUCAAACUAAUAUGGAUGUGUAUGAACAAAAGUAUUUUUAGCCUUUUUGUAACAAUUUUGUGAUAUCAUUGAUAGAUUAUUUCAAUACCUCUGAUUUGUAAUAAUAUUCUGUGGAUAUAUGUGGCAAAAAUGGUAUGUAAUCAUUCUAACUUUUUACGUUCCAACCGGGGAAGAUAGUUACAUUAAAAAGGAACACAAAAAGCCGAAAUGAGUGUAUUUUUGUUUUAAGUAAAAGAAAAUAAUCAGACAAAAAACACUGGUGUUGCUCAUUUCCGGGAAUUUUCUUUGCCAAAAUGGCCUAAAGAUAAUUCCUAUAACGCUAAAAUUAAGAGAUAUGUAAAUAUAAGGUUUUAUUUUCGAACUGGUGUACUGUCUUAACUUAUUACAAAAGAAAAUUGUAAAUAUUAUUUUAGAAUUAUAUUUUCAAAGUGUCAAUAAUUGUGAUUUCCAUGACAAAUUUCUGAAAACCGCUUAAUAGGUUAAGUAGUAAAAGGUUGUCUAGCGCGUAAUUGUUGUAGAAAAAUAUCAAUGUUAUGAUUUUAUUCAAAUUAUUCGAUUUUGUUGCACUUUGAGAUGUUUACUUUAAUGAAGUUUAUAAAUUGUAGUUUUAAACAAGUUUCAUUAGUUGAUAAACAAAUUUAAUUUAUAAAUAAUAGCACGGGAGAUUGCUACCUAACCAAUAAAUAUUUAAAGAUGAUUUAGGGAUUUAAAUAAAUGGUUGAACUUUCAUUUAAAAAGUACUUAAUGUAACCAGAGUUAUUUAUUAUAAACUUCAAUGUGAUCUUAUUGUUGAUAAAUGUUUUAAACUUUAUUAAAUAGAGCGAGAGUGAGAUA